AUGGGUCAGGAAGUCACUCUGGUGCUGUUUGGAACUGCCAGGGUAAAGGGAUCUGGGGACCCUCAACUUGCACACCUAACAAUUCCAUCCCACAAGAAGGAUGACCCAAAGAAAGUCAAAUACAAAUCACAGGCAGAUACCAUCUGUGGCCUAGAUGGAUUGCUGUAUCACAACAAUACUGAUAUUCUUGUAUUCUGUGCAGUCAAGAUGUUUUCAAUCACAAUCAGCUGGAUGGCAAAUGAAUGUACAGCAUCAACUGCCACCUGGUGCAGCUCUGCUCUCUGCAAUCAUCAGACAAGCACUACCCUCAUCAACCAAGUCCAAAUCCAACAGUGGCAUUUAAUGAACCAUGAAAAUGUUCAUCAGAGAUCCCUCUCAUGCAGUGCAUUAUUCUUAUUGUUAACAGAACAGGAGUCCCUGGCCAAAACCAGCUGUCAGGUUUUGAAACCUCAAUCAACCAUUGUUAGCCAGGAAAUCUAUGGAAACAAGGGUGAAGGUUUCAAUGAGAAUUUGGAUGCAUGGCUUGAUGGUAAGGUCAAUCUUGUUGAUAAGGAUGACCCUGGAUAUCUGUGCUGCAGUGACCAGGUGUUUGUUGGUAGUGUGAAUGCUUGUUUAGAUAGCCCCAAGCCUCCAGUCCUUCUAUCUGGAAGGGCAAUGGAGAUGGAGGCUCAAAAUCAGUUGUGA